UCAGUUUAGAGUCUACUUUGAAAUUAAACAGGCUGAACAAUACAUACUGGCAAGAUAAAGAAACAAAGAAUAGUACCAUUGAAUGCACUAUGGAUCUGGAUUGACGAAGAUAAAAGUGCGAUACGAUUUCGGUGACACCUCCAUAAAAUUCAAAAGUCUUUUUGCUGGAAAAGAAUCAUGCGCAGACGAUAGCGUAUGGUUUUUCAAGAGAACACCCGAUAUAUGGACGCGCGUGCCCCAAGUUGUCGUCUAUCGACCGACGUGCGGAACUAUCUAACCAGCGCCCGUCUGACAUGGCGCCCAUGUAACUGAAAUCCAAAAUUGUUUGGUGCUUCGAUUCAGAAAAAACCGUUUAACAAGUUUGAAAAGUGACGAUGGCGAUGUCAAAUCUUUACUCAAAAAUAUCAACGAAACCGAUGAAACGCUUCCAGGAUAACGUCACAGUCAAGCAGACUAAUCCAUGGUUAAAAGCGGAGUCACCAAUUACUGUAUCCGAUUCACCACCAACAGUAAGCCCACUUUCUUCUUCCAUUGUACUUCAACGUGAGGGAACAAUAAACCAACCUCUUAGUGCUCCUGCAUCACCUUUGUCUUCCUUAUCGUCACCCAUAACUCAAUUACAUUUAUCAUCACCUGAAGACUGUACAUUAGAUCCUAAUUGGCAAGCAACAAAAUCAAGUGUACGUGAACGGAAUGCUGCCAUGUUUAAUAAUCAUUUGAUGGCUGAUAUUAUAUUUAUUGUAGGCAGUCCAGGCCAAACCCAGACUAUACCAGCACACAAGUAUGUUUUAGCUACUGGUAGUUCUGUAUUUUAUGCUAUGUUUUAUGGUGGGCUAGCAGAGAAUAAAAGAGACAUAGAAGUACCAGAUGUAGAGCCAGCUGCCUUUCUUGCAUUACUAAGGUAUAUGUAUUGUGAUGAAGUACAAUUAGAAGCAGAUACAGUGCUAGCAACACUUUAUGUUGCUAAAAAAUACAUAGUCCCUCAUCUAGCCAGGGCAUGUGUUAAUUACUUAGAGACAAGUUUAACAGCAAAGAAUGCAUGUUUACUUUUAAGCCAGUCUCGUUUAUUUGAAGAACCAGAUCUCAUGCAGCGUUGCUGGGAGGUAAUAGAUGCUCAAGCAGAAAUGGCACUAAGAUCAGAUGGUUUUGUGGAUAUUGAUAUACAUACUCUUGAAUCCGUACUUUCUCGGGAAACAUUAAACUGUAAAGAAAUUCAUAUAUGGGAUGCUGCUCUGCGAUGGGCUACAGCAGAAUGCAUUAGGCAAGAACUUGAACCCUCAGCAGCAAAUCAAAGACGAUUGCUAGGAUCUGCUCUAUAUUUAAUUAGACUUCCUGCCAUGAAUUUGGAAGAAUUUGCCAAUAGUGCUGCACAAACUGGAAUCUUAACGCAACAAGAAACAAUUGACGUCUUUCUGCAUUUCACUGCUAGUAAUAAACCUCAACUUUGUUUUCCCAUUAAACCUCGACAAGGUUUAAAGACUCAGGUGUGUCACAGGUUUCAGUCAUGUGCAUACAGAUCAAAUCAAUGGCGUUACAGAGGCCGGUGUGAUUCAAUUCAAUUUAGUGUUGAUAAAAGGAUUUUUGUUGUUGGUUUUGGACUGUAUGGAAGCUCAUCUGGUGCUGCAGAUUACAAUAUUAGAAUCGAACUAAAAAGAUUGGGUUGUGUUUUAUCAGAAAAUAGUACUAAAUUUUUUUCUGAUGGUUCAAGUAAUACGUUCCAUGUAUAUUUUGAAAAUCCAAUACAAAUUGAACCAGAAUGCUUUUAUACAGCUAGUGUAAUAUUAGAUGGAGGAGAGUUAAGCUAUUUUGGUCAGGAAGGCAUGUCAGAAAUAACAGUUGGUAAUGUAAACUUUCAAUUUCAAUGCAGUUCAGAAAGUACGAAUGGUACAGGGGUGCAGGGAGGACAAAUACCUGAGUUAAUUUUUUAUGGACCUCCAGUCGAUGACUGACGGAAGUAUACUACAGAAAUAAUGGUUUAAUUAAUGGUUUGUGAAAUAUACCUUGAUAUUUUUUAGAUUUCUAUAAAAUAAUUAUUUUAAAGAUUACUUUCAAGUUCACAAAAAUAUUGUGUAAUAGAUGCGCUCUAAAAAUUUCAAAAUAUUUACAUUUAAAAUUUGCCAUUUUUUUUACAUUGAUUAGUUUGUAUAGACAAAUAAUUUUUUCACUAAAUAUUUCCUUCUUGAAUUACAACUCGAGCACUUUCCAUUUGUUAUCAGUUUAUUUUUUAAAUCUGAAUCUCAUGAGAAACGAACAUUUUUUACUAUAUCUACAAAAUAAUUUAGAAAAAAAUAUAUUUUCACGGUGAAUAUUUUACGAGAUUUCAAUCAUCAUCUGAUUUCAUGGUUUAUUACAAUUCAUAUAAACGUAAAUCGAACACUUUAGUAAAAUUUAAAGGAUAAGUACAUAUGUAUUAAUGAAUUAAAAAUUCUUCAUAAUUUAAUUUUAUAAUGAGAACCAUAUUAUACUGUUAGUAUAUUCAGCCAGUGAGAACAGAAAAAAAAGACGAUUAAAUUUUAAAAGCACCUCCCUAUAACUGGUUCAAGAUUGGCACUCUACUAACAGAAAAAUAAUUUUACAUCAUUACUUCGAAGCAAAAUUUUAAAUAUAUAUCAAACUAUAUUUAUCUGACAUUAACAUAGUCGCUAUAGAUAAACAAUAAAUUUAGUUUUAUGCCUUGCAUUGUAAUAGUUGAAAAAUUAUUUAAUGAUAGAUAUUACAGUAAAAUAUUUCUAACGGCAUGAUGUGUAAGAUACAAAACCGUUAUCAGAAAAGCAAUAAAUGAAUAUAAGAAUCUCA